CCUUUGCUUAGGCCAUUUUGUGUGGAGCCGUGCCGAUGUGGUGAUCGUGCCGAGUCAGCACGCAGGGGCGUACUGUACGAGCAGUUUACGUGCAAUACACGAUUUCUCUUUCUACAUCUGUGCCUGUGUGGCUCGCGGAGGCGCAAAUACUCGCAUCUCGCAUACAAGUAUAAAGUGUGUGUAUAAUAUUCGGAGCUUGCUCUCUCGACGCGUCCUGUGAAACAGCAACAGCAGCAGGACAAGCCACACGCACGAAAACAAGAGCACCGUGCCGCGGGCGCCGAUACUGCAAGAGCGCGGAAAAUUCGCCGUCACGUGUGACGAGACGACGUUUCGCACUCCUCGUCGAUGCCUUACAGCCACGACCAAGUUUCGUUAUCUCUGCCAGAUGGAAUAUACGUGCGCGAGCUAAAAAGGAUGAUGUGGCAGACGGACGCCGUGUUGUGAACGAACGAUUACACUAGCUAGAAGUAGAACGUUUUUCUUCCAUAUUACUUUUGCUUCUACGGACUCCUGCGAGUGCACAAGGUGAAAGUUCGAGUUUUGGAGUUGUGCUCCGAAUUGCAUUUGUCAUUAUUGAGGUGUUCUUUCGAAAGAUCUCAUCAUGGGUGAAUUCAUAGAAGUUGUUAAAGUGGAGAACUCCUAUCUUCCCGAGGAUGCUAUUCACGGAGUUAUUGUGGGUGAUAUAUUUUCCAAAGAAGGGGAGGAGGGAUCUAUAAUCAUUCCUGAAAUAAUUGAUGCUGAUUCAGUAAUUGCCCAAAAUGGACAAAUUAUUCAAGUUAUCGGAGAAUAUGAAUGUGUUACUUGCCGUAGAAUUUUUACUUCUGAAGAGAUGCUCAAAGAGCACUUGGAUGUAUGUAGAGAAGAGGAUGAUGAUAGGGACAUUAUGGAUUUAGGACCUAUGGAAUGCAUAGAUUCUGAUUAUGAAGAAGAUAGUAAAAAUUUUGCCACUGAAGAAUCUAAUAGUCCAUCAGACUCGCAGAGUUCAAAGAAUAAUAACAAAAAACCUGCUAUAAAGCCAGUGCCAGAAACUCAAUGUCACUGCUGUGCUGAAGAUAAAGAAACAGCUCAUUCUGGUGGUCCUCAUCAGUGCACAAACUGUAAUUUAUCAUUCAAAAAAGCAGCUUCAUUAGAGAGACACAACAUUGUUAUUCAUUGGGAAUCUGAUCCAUGUUCAUGCCAAGACUGUGGGGAAACAUUUCGUGACCGUAAAGCUUUGGAUAAGCAUCGUUACACAACUCAUGCCAAAACUAGCAAAGUUUAUAAGUGUGAUAAAUGUGACACUUAUUUUUCAAGAAGUUAUCACUUGAACAGGCAUAAACAACAAUCAGGUUGUCAUGGGGAUCUUGCUAAUAGCUACACUUGUCAAGUUUGCAGCAAAGUAUUCACUCGUAAGGAUAAUCUUAGGGAACAUUUGAGAACUCAUGCUGGUAUGCCUCAAAGGAAGAAAAAAUCAUGCACCCUAUGUCCAAAACAAUUUUAUACAAAUCAGCAGUUAGUGAUCCAUAUGCGCAUGCAUACUGGUGAAAGACCAGUAGAAUGUGAUUUGUGCCCUAAAACUUUCUUAUCAACUCUAGCCAUGAAAAAGCACCGCAGAGUUCACACUGGAGAAAAGCCUUUUGAAUGUAAAUUUUGCAAAAAGAAGUUUGCUGCAAGAGAAACUUUAAAUCGUCAUCAAAGAACUCACACUGGGGAAAAGCCUCACGUUUGUCAGUAUUGUAAUAAAUCAUUCAUCCAAGCAGCUCAAUUACGGGCUCACAUUUUUCAUCAUACUGGAGAAAACGGAUUUUAUUGCGAUGUAUGUGGAAAAGCUUUUAAUCGCAAAGCUCGUUUAACAAAUCAUAAAAAAUUUGUUCAUGAAGGAGCCACUCCUUUUAAAUGUGAAACUUGUGAUAAAACGUUCACAAGAAAAGAAGAUUUAUCUAAACAUGUUAAUUUACAUGCAGGAAUUAAACCACACAAGUGUGAAAACUGUGGAAAAUGUUUUGCUGCAAAAUCAUCACUGCAAGCUCACAUGAACACGCACAGGAGAGAGCCUCCACAAUCAUGUGCCGAAUGCGGCCGAGCAUUUAUUCGUCAAGAUUGCCUCAUGCGACACAUUCGCGCAAAGCAUAGAGAUCUUUUGGAAGAUGUAUUGGGUGAAGCAGAAAAAAAGCAUUUACAAUUAUCGAUGUUUAAUAUUGCUUAUAUUGCCAAUGAAAAAACGAAAGCUGGAGAGACUAAAAUCAUGUCGUUAAAUGAAUUGAUGAAAGCAAUUACAGACCUCUUAGAAAUGUUAAUAGAGAAAGAAACUUUAGAGCUUUUCGGUUGGCUACAAUCACCUCUGCAAGAUAUUUUGGAAGCUGUCAUACGCAGAUGUGGAUGUGAACCACUUACAGCUGAUAACGAUUUACCAUUGCCAGAAAGAUUAAGGGGUAAUGUGAAACUACUGUUCAAUGCAGUCAUUGAAGAUGAAAAUGUAAAAUCUUUAAUGACUACGCAGACUGUAGAUGAAGUAAUAAUGCACGUAUUGGAGAUAUCUAAAAAUAACAAAGAACAGAAUGAAAAAGAGAGUGAAGUAAAAGUUGAAAUUGAAAAGCAAUAGAUACAAUUUGUACCUAAUAUUGAUAAUGGAACUGAAAAUGUUUAUUUAUAUUUAUUAUAAUAAAGUUUAAAAAA